AUGGAAAAGCGGCUGCUCGAGACGGAAAAUGUUCUUUGUGUCUUGCUGUCGCAGUGCUCAGAGGCGCAGUUGAAUUCGGCUUUAUCUGAACUCCGCAUGCCCAACUCGGGUAAUGGGAAAGACACCCGCGCUGCCGAGGCAGCAAGACGAGAAAGGUUUGGUCCUGUAUAUUGGGCCAAAUUUCCUCUCAAAUCAGCACAAGAUAUUAAGCGCUGGGCUGAGGACAAGUCAUCGAUUUCCGUUGCAUCGCCCCGUUCAGAGUCGAUUCAAGUCGCUGCCAGCCACACACAGGAUCUCAACAGCGACGACGAAUACCACGACGAAUCCACGCAGGCGUUGGACACUCCCCUCAGCCCAUUGAAUGUAACAUCUGCUGUUGUUGAGUCUUCAAGUCCCACCUCAAACCUCUCUGCUGCGACUCCAGAUCGCGAGCGGGCGGGCUUUGAGGCCGUUGAGCCAAUGGAUGGAAUGUCGGGGGAAGAGAUUCAAGGCAUAGGAGGAAUGAUGUUCGAGAAUCACAGGUUGGCAGAACCUCAAAGGAGUGCUCAAGAGUCCUCACAAACUCAACCUUCAGAAAGUUACGAAAUUGCCUUUCUUUGGUAG